UGCCCGGUAUCUACUGCAGUGGUUGUUCCGUUGUUCUUCAGACAUAACGCCAAAAUAGUUCUGACACUGCUACCAGUACUACCAGAUAAACAAUAAAAUACAGGGUUGUGUCUUAAAAUUCGUUUUUUGUUUAUGAUAGAUGUUUUUAAUUAACGAAAAUACCCUCAACAGCAGAGAUCGGAUCUGAGUGGAACAAGCCUGAAAUUAGAAAAGAAAAACGGUCACUUUUUCUUCAUCCAUUUCCUUUACCAUCAUCCGCAUUCAUUCAUUAGCUUUAAUCUAUCAAAUUUUUCUUCAAAAUUAAAGCUUUAAUGGCGAGCUUCCCUAAGCUAGAUGAUUCACCUAUGUUCCGCAAACAGCUACAUUCUCUUGAACAGAUAGCAGAUGAUUUAAAAGAUCGCUGUUUAAGACUUCAGAAAGGAUGUAAAAAAAUUAUGGGAGCACUUGGAGAAGCAUGUGAUGGAGACAUUGCAUUCGCUGAUUCGUUAGAAUCAUUUGGUGGUGGAUGUGAUGAUCCAGUCAGUGUAUCAAUUGGAGGGCCUGUUAUAUCCAAGUUCAUUACUGCAUUUCGUGAGCUUGGCUCUUACAAGGAACUUCUUCGGUCUCAAGUGGAGCACUUGCUGAUUGAUCGUGUGAUGGAGUUCAUGGUUGUUGAUUUACAAGAGGCAAAGGAAUCUCGUCGACGCUUUGACAAGGCUACACAUGUUUAUGAUCAGGCACGUGAAAGGUUCAUGUCCUUAAAGAAGGGCACACGACCCGAGGUUGUUGCUGAACUAGAGGAGGAUCUACAGAAUUCAAAAUCAGCAUUUGAGAGGUGUCGGUUCAAUCUAGUAAAUGCCCUCCAUAAUGUCGAAUCAAAGAAAAAGUACGAGUUUUUGGAGUCUGUCAGUGCUAUUAUGGAUGCUCAGCUGAGAUAUUUUAAGCAGGGGCAUGAGCUUUUAAGCCAAAUGGAACCAUUCGUUCACCAGGUCUUGACAUAUGCACAACAAUCUAAAGAAAUGGCCAGCAUUGAACAAGACAAACUUGCAGAGAGGAUUCAGGAAUUCAGGACACAGGUUGAGUUGGGCAAUUUACGAGCUUCCAGCAAUGUGGAUGCCUCAACAAGUGGUGUUGGUAAUCUUGUUGUUGGUGUUAAUUCUUACAAAAACGUAGAGGCUCACAAAAAUAUAGAGGCUUUGAUGCAGUCUAGUGCCAGUGGAAUGGUUCAGACAAUUAAGCAAGGCUAUCUCCUGAAAAGGUCUUCAAGUUUGAGGGGAGAUUGGAAGAGGAGGUUCUUCGUCCUUGAUAGUCGUGGCAAUUUAUAUUACUACAGAAAUAAGGGUCCUCAAUCACAUCAAUCAACUGGUACAUCUGAGCAUGCCAGUGGUGUUUUUGGUAGGUUCAGAUCAAGACAUCAUAGGUCAUCUUCAAUGAGUGAAGAAUACCUCGGGUGUCGUACUGUUGAUCUCCGUACAUCAACAUUAAAGAUUGAUGCUGAGCAUACAGAUCUACGGCUUUGCUUCAGAAUAAUAUCUCCAGCAAAAACAUACACUCUACAGGCUGAAAAUGAAGCAGAUAGAAUGGAUUGGGUUGACAAAACCACUGGAGUUAUUGCAUCCCUUUUAAAUUCUUCUAUACUAGAGCAGUGUCCUUCUGGAUCGAAGGACGCGGGCGUGUCUUCGUUGCUCAAUGGACGGGAGUAUUUAGAUGGCGGUGUGCAAGGUAGAGAACAAGAUUAUGUUUCAACGAUUCUCCGAGAAAUUCCUGGAAAUGAUCUUUGUGCAGAAUGUGGUGCUUCGGAACCUGAUUGGGCUUCCCUGAAUCUUGGAAUUCUCUUGUGCAUUGAAUGCUCUGGGGUGCAUAGAAAUCUUGGAGUUCACAUUUCAAAGGUGAGGUCGAUUAAAUUUGAUGUCAAAGUUUGGGAACCCAGUGUAUUAGACUUAUUUCGUAGUCUGGGCAAUGAUUUCUGUAACUCUGUGUGGGAGGCACUGCUACUUCAGAAUGAAAGAAAGGAUGAACAAGAUGAACUCUCCUUCCCGAUAAUAAAACCUGAACCAACAGAUACAUUCUCGAAGAAGGAGAGAUACAUUCAAGCAAAGUAUGUAGAGAGAGCACUCGUGAUCAAAGAAGAAACUAGGUCAGACCAUCCUUCUCAAGCUGUUUGCAUUUGGGAAGCCGUCAAAAGUGAUAAUGUGAAGGAAGUAUAUCGUCUCAUUGUCACUUCAGGCUUGAAUCUCAACACCAUCAGUGAAGAUGUACAUAAUGGUGAUCUGUAUCAUCCCGCUAGUUCACCAGAGUCGCAGAAAGAUUCGCAGGCGGCAGAGAAAAAACAUUGUGAUCCUGCCAACUGUCAAAGAGUUUCUGAUUCUGGUGAUCCCGCAAAUUGUUUACAAGGUUGUUCUGUAUUGCACUUGGCGUGUCAUGUUGGCGACCCCGUGAUGCUCGAGCUUUUAAUACAGUGUGGUGCGGAUGUCAAUAUGCGUGAUUUCCAUGGAAGGACCCCCUUGCACCAUUGCAUUUCCAAAGAGAAUAAUUUACUGGCGAAGCAUCUACUUAGAAGGGGUGCACGCCCAUCAAUAAAAGAUUGUGGAGGUCAGAAUGCAUUAGAAAGAACAAUGGAAAUGGGUCCAAUAACCGACGAGGAUCUCUUCAUUUUGCUAGCUGAGUGAGUCAAAAGGGACACUUGUCCCCCGGAUUAGCAUGUUCUUAUGUAAGCAGGGGCAUCAUUUUUUAUUUUUGUUAUUAAGAUACAUUGGAUUAAUGAGAUAAGUUUUUAACAAAAAAAAAAGUUAGGGGUGUAUUCAAUUUAUAGAUAUAAUUGAGAAUCUGUAUAAUAGUAACAUUCCAUUAAUGGCAGACAUUGUUCUUCUCAUUUCA